UUUGUCCAGAUUUGAUUCAGACAAUUCCGCUUACACCCUCCCUCUCUCUCUCUCUCUCUCUCUACCCUCCACUAUAUAAAAAGACGAUAGAGAGGAGCUUAAGAUGAAGAGCAGAGUCGUCCUCAGCCAUAGAGAGAGAAGAGAUAAGCAUAAUUAUACACAGAUUGAAACAAUGGAGAGAAAGCCCUUUGAUGUUGAGACAACUGAGGAUCACAAACCCUACUCCUCCGUCGAUGGCGGUGGUUCUGAUUCGGUCGAUUCAUUUGAAGACGAGCAGAAAAAGCUCGUUUAUAGAGGCUGGAAAGUCAUGCCCUUUAUCAUUGGUAAUGAGACAUUUGAGAAGAUAGGGAUCAUUGGGACACUAUCAAACCUUCUGGUGUACCUAACUUCAGUAUUCAACCUUCAGAGUGUUACAGCUGCAACCAUCAUCAACGCCUUCAGUGGCACUAUCAAUUUCGGCACUUUCCUCGCUGCUUUCCUCUGCGACACUUACUUUGGUCGCUACAAGACUCUCUCUGUUGCUGUCAUCGCCUGUUUUCUGGGAUCGCUUGUGAUACUACUGACGGCUGCAGUUCCAGGAUUGCACCCUAUUCCUUGUGGAACACAAAGUUCUUGCCAAGGCCCAAGCGAGGGCCAGAUUGCGUUUCUGCUGAUGGGUUUAGCGCUUCUUGUGGUGGGUGCUGGUGGAAUCAGGCCGUGUAACUUGGCCUUUGGUGCUGACCAGUUCAACCCCAAGUCAGAAUCUGGAAAGAAAGGAAUCAACAGUUUCUUCAACUGGUACUUCUUCACUUUCACGUUCGCGCAGAUCAUCUCCCUCACGCUAGUUGUGUAUAUCCAGUCAAAUGUGAGCUGGACCAUCGGUUUGAGUAUCCCUGUGGGUCUUAUGUUCUUGGCCUGCGUCAUUUUCUUUGCUGGUCACAAACUGUAUGUGAAAGUGAAAGCCUCUGGUAGUCCAUUGGCUGGUAUAGGUCAUGUUAUAGCCGCAGCUAUCAAGAAACGUGGCUUGAAGCCAGUUAAGCAGCCUUGGAUCGAUCUUUACAACCACAUUCCUCCUAACUAUGCAAACUCUACUCUUAAAUACACCGACCAGCUUAGGUUUCUAGACAAAGCAGCGAUUAUGACCCCUGAGGACAAGUUGAACUCGGAUGGAACGGCUUCGGAUCCAUGGAAAUUAUGUACGAUGCAGAAAGUGGAAGAAGUGAAAUGCAUUUUAAGAGUGAUUCCAAUCUGGUUCGCAUGCGCCAUUUACUACCUUGCAAUAAGUAUGCAAAUGACUUAUCCAGUCUUCCAAGCUCUCCAGAGCGACAGGCUAUUAGGUUCAGGUGGCUUCAAGAUUCCAGCCGCCACCUAUGUCGUGUUCUUGAUGUCUGGUAUGACGGUUUUCAUCAUAAUCUACGACCGUGUCCUUGUCCCCUCGCUCAAAAGAGUGACCGGUCUAGACACGGGGAUAACACUCUUACAAAGAAUAGGAGCUGGCAUUUUCUUUGCCGUGUUGAGUUUAUUGGUCUCCGGGUUUAUAGAGGAACGUAGAAGAACCUUUGCGCUGACACGACCUACGCUCGGGUCGGAGCCUCGAACAGGAGAGAUCUCCUCAAUGUCAGCGAUGUGGCUGAUUCCGCAGCUGGUGCUUGCAGGGGUAGCAGAAGCUUUUGCAGCCAUUGGGCAAAUGGAGUUUUACUACAAGCAGUUUCCUGAAAACAUGAAGAGCUUUGCGGGUUCUAUCUUCUAUGUCGGUGGAGGAGUUUCUAGCUACCUCGCUAGCUUCUUGAUCUCGACUGUUCAUAGAACAACUGAGCAUUCACCUACGGGGAAUUGGUUAGCUGAGGAUCUGAACAAAGCGAAGCUGGACUACUUCUAUUUCAUGCUCACAGGACUCAUGUUUGUCAACUUUCUUUACUUCUUGUUAAUGGCUAGAUGGUAUAGAUACAAAGGCACUCAUGAUGAAGUCAGUUAUGUGGUUGACACUGUUGACGAAGAGACGAAGCAACAAGACAAGAACUCUGUCUGAUUUCUCAAAUCUUUAUUGUAUUUGGUCUUAAUACUUCAGACUCAUCUUUGUUGUUGUACUUCCAUAGAUAAGAUGAAUGAAGAAAUCACUUCAACAUUUUGAACAUGUAUUUGUAAUGUAAAAUUUUUGUUGCUAAUAUCAAACUGCGUACGUCCCA